GCUGAGAGGCAAAGUCGUGCGGCCGGCAGCAAGCAGACAGGGUGUCUCCUCAACGAGAUCGCUGUCACGCCGUGAUCGCCGUCAGCGACAUCGCCGAGGUCCCCGCCGCCAUGGAGUUGGUCCUGAUCGCCUUCUGCAGGCCCUCGUCCGUCGGCCCCGCCGCCAUGGGCCCCGGCAUGGUUCCCGCCAUGGCGGCCCGCGGCUCGGGCGCCACCAAGAGGCAGCACGUCGUGGACCCCGAGGUGCUCGUCAAGAAGCACAAGCACGACAUCCUGUGCAGCUGCGACUGCCUCGCCGAGCUUGGACUUGUCCUGGACCUUGGGCUGGAUGCUAGCCGAUGUGAGGCCGAGGACAUCUACCACGAGAAGCAGCAGCUGCUGCCUCGCGUCACCUACACCGCGAACCACGACGACGACAAGGACGUGAACAACAACAACAAGAGCGUCUCGGCCUGGAGGCAGCGUCCCUGGGACUUCCCCGGAGGCGAUCGCGCCGUCUCGCUGGCCUGGGAGGACCUGGACCGCGUGCCGCCGCCCCUGGCCGCCGGCCUGGGGGCCAGCAUCACCGCACUGGACCUCAGCCACAACCUGCUCAGGGAUGUGGAGUUCCUGUGCGCGAUGCCCAACCUCACCUCGCUGGUGCUGGACCACAACCUGCUCCGCGAGGACGUGGACCUGCCCCGGCUGCCGCGGCUGCGCCUGCUGUGGCUGAACCACAACCACGUGCGCCACGCCCAGCCUUUGGUGCGUCGCCUGCAGCGCCAGACGCCGCGCCUGCGCCACCUCAGCCUCAUCGGCAACAAGGCCGCGCCGUCGCCUCUCACCGGCGGCGAGCCCGGGGAGUGCGCCCGCUACAGGCUCUCCAUGGUGUGGCAGCUGCCGCAGCUCGAGCACCUCGACGAGCGACGCGUCUCCGAGGCGGAGAGGGCACGCUCCAAGCACCUGCAGCUGCGCGCCAUCUACAACAGCUGCAGCCGCAUCCCCACCUCCCCGAGACCCCCGUCGCCCUGCCCGCUGCGCAGGAACACUUGUGUAUGACCGCAGUAGUGUUGUGAUACCAGUGUAGCGUUAUUAUUAUUAUUAUUAUUAUUAUUAUUAUUAUUAUUAUUAUUAUUAUUAUUAUUAUUAUUAUUAUUAUUAUUAUUAUUACGCGUGUUAAGUAUUGUUCAUUCGCCUGUCAUCGUCGUGUAGAGUCAUUCCAUUGUCGCUGCCCAGCCGUCCCUCACACUGUGUUAGUGAACCCUGUAUUCCCCUCCCGCCGAGUCCCGCCAGCGCGGCCCUCCCGAAUGGAACGCCGAGCGCCGGAGACCGUCGCAGGACUACUGUAAUUUAGUUCGUUAAGGUCGUGUAAAUUAUUUGUCUUAGAUGUUUAAGUCGCGUUAAGAAAAAAAACAUACAUUGUAACAAUGUUUCGACUCGUGAAACAUUUUUCGCGUGAUAGCGUCUUCACCAAAAUGAAAAAGAAAUUCGUGUUGCAAGUAGUAUUACUGUUAAAUAAACUAAAUUGCGUGUUAAACUGA